AUGUCUGUACCAGAAAUCGAAGCCAUCGCAAAUGCCAUCAUGAUUGCUGGAUCUGAAACCACGGCUACACUUUUGUCGGGGAUGACAUACCACCUUCUGAAGAAUCCAGAGACAUUAAAGAAGCUUGCUCGUGAGAUCAGGGGCGCAUUUGCGACAGAAGAAGGGAUUACUCUGAUCGGUGUCGGAAAGUUAAAAUACCUACUUGCAGUCUUGGACGAGAAUUUGCGCGAGCCGAACUCCUUUAUUCCAGAGCGCUGGCUAGGAGACUCACGCUUUGCAUCCGAUGCGAAAGAUGUACUACAAUCUUUCUUGGUGGGACCAAGAAAUUGCAUUGAUGCGCUUAAUCCUCGUACGACUGUUGUGGAACUUCGACCUCCAGCUAUUACUCAAAAGAGUUGGGAGGGCCAAGAAAUGUACAUCCUGUGGCAGAAGGACCCGCUAUAUAUUACUCUCACAGCGAGGAAAUAA